AUGGGUGCUGGUUGUGUAAGCUGCAUGCUGUUAGCAGCAGCUGCUGUUGCCGCUGCAGUUGCUGCUGCUGUCGCUGUUGUUAUCGCGGCUGCUGUUUUUGUUGUUGUUGCUGUUGCUGCUGCUGCUGAUGCUACUGCUGCUGCUGUUACUGCUGCUACUGCUGCUGCUGCUGUUACUGCUGCUACUGCUGCUGCUGUUACUGCUGCUACUGCUGCUGCUGCUGCUGCUACUGCUGCUGCUGCUGCUGUUGCUGUUGCUGUUGCUGCUGUUAUUGCUGAGCGGGUAGCGCGUUACUAUUGGGUUGUUCAGCAUUAUAACCAUCGGGUUAGCGUAAAUUUUGAAGCCUAUGGAAAGUAA